AUGCAUUUAACAGCGCCCCACUUUUACUUUAAACUUAGGCUCGCCCAUCACAACGUUUUAUCGAUAAGCCAAGCAUUUCUCACCCUUCUCCUCACACAUCAGUCAACAUCAACUUUCCCUCACAACAAACCUCACACCAACCCUUCAUUAGAUUUUCAAGACCUCAUCAUGGUCCGCCUCAAAGACCGCUACCUCCUAGUCAACAUCCUCUACACCGACCUCCCACCCUCCACCAGCACACCCGUACCCGUACCCGUACCCGUCCCCGUCUCCGACCUCCUCCUCUACAACCAGCCCACCAACUCAGACCUCAAACCCCAAACCCUACUGAAGGACGUCCGCAACGAAGUCACCUCUUUGUUCGGCGACUGCGGCGCAGGAAAGGUAAACCACAACCUCCAGGUCAAAUACUUCUCCCCCGCCACCUCAACCUUCAUCCUCCGCGUCUCCCGCGACCACUACCGCCUCGUCUGGGCCGCCCUGUCAUUCAUGCAGUCUUGUCCCAUGAAGAACGGCCGCCCCUGCAUCUACCGCGUCGUCCGCGUGAGCGGCACCAUGCGCAAGGUCGAAAAGGAGACCAUUCGCCGCGCCAGACUGCUCGUUCUCGCCGCCAAGGAGGAGCUCAAAGGCAAAAGCUCCUCCGAUUCUCUAGGUGCUUUGCUGCGCGGGGACAAUAAUAACCAGCAGCGCACUCUUCCCAUUCUUGGAGGUCAAGAUGUUGACUCCGCUUCUGAGGAUGAUAUGGUUGAGGAUUGA